GUCCAACCCUAAAACAGAUGACAGAAGACCGUGUUUAAGGGUGUAAUGCAUAACACUGAUUGUUACUAACGGUUUCUAUCGGCACUGCAAAGUGACUGGAUUGUUUGUGGUCAUUCCGCGGUCAAAGGAGCAGGCCUAGCCGUUGCGAACAAUCGGGAUCCCAGUCGUAAACAAACAUGGAUUUCGAUGUCAGAAGAUUGGCAGCAGACGCUGGUACUUUACUCAGCCGUGCAGUUCAGUUCACAGAGGAGGUUCUUGGACACGCUGAAAGGACUGAACUGGAUGCCCACUUGGAGAACCUUCUUACUAAGGCAGAGGCGACCCAGCAAUGGACAGACAAAAUAAUGAAACAAACUGAAGUUUUAUUACAACCUAAUCCAAAUCUCAGACUAGAGGAGUUCCUGUAUGAGAAACUGGAGAAAAUGCCUCCUGUAAGGCCAAACAACCUUGAGCUGCUUGGAGAAUGUUUGAUCGACUCUGGACAUGAGUUUGGUCCUGGAACAGCAUAUGGAAACGCUUUAGUCAAGUGCGGUGAAGUUGAGAAGCAGCUAGGGAGUGCUGAGCGAGAAUGCAGCCAGUCAUUGGCCAUCAACUUCAUCUCACCUCUGAGGAACUUUAUUGAAGGGGACUGUACAAUUCUUGCAAGGGAGCGCAAGCUGCUGCAGAAUAAACGUCUGGAUUUGGAUGCUGCUAAAACACGUCUGAAGAAGGCCAAAGAGGCAGAUACCCGGUCUACACAACUUAGCUCCACCCCUCCACUGGGAGAGGAGUAUGUGACACACUUUUCCUACAUGUUCAGCUUCUUGCAUGUCAGAUGGCUUAAGAUGUGGGCUGAGGAGGUGUCACAGGCUGAGACGGAGCUGAGGAUUUCCCAGAGUGAGUUUGACCGACAGGCUGAGAUGACCCGGCUGCUCCUGGAGGGACUCAGCAGCACACAUACACACCAUCUUCGCUGUUUAACUGACUUUGUGGACACACAGACAACAUACUAUGAACAGUGCCAUCUGUAUAUGGGCAACCUGCAGAAACAAUUGGGAAGUUUUUCAUCUGUGUUCUGUGCCAACAACAAUCAACCCUCCGUGAGUGCUGCCCCGGAUGGUGUCUCUCUACCCUUAACCUCCACAGCAUCGGGGGCCUCUGUCCUGCCACCUCCUGUCCCUUCCCACUCCUCCCUUUCUGUUAGGGACCUGUGCCUCUCCAAGGGCACAUGUAAGGCCCGUGUGCUGUACAAUUACAGCGCUGCAUCCAGCUCUGAGCUCUCUCUGCUGGCCGAUGAGGAGAUAACUGUGAGCAGUGUGCCUGACAUGGAUUCUGACUGGUUGAUGGGAGAGCGAGGUGACAAGAAAGGAAAAGUACCAAUCACCUACCUCCAGCUGCAGAGCUGAAGCACUGUCUGAUGCCCCAGAAGAACUGAAACGUUCCACCAAUGUGAUGGACAAAAGCAAUAGGACUCACCUGUAGCACUGCCAUAUCUUAUGAAUGAGAAGUAUCAGUAUUUAGAUAUUGUGUGUUUUUUGUCAAUGUGCCAAAACAUUUUUAACAAUAAAAAUAUAAUCUUUGACCAGACAACUGCCAUGCAGUGAUGUGCCUAAAAUCAGUGGUGGAUUUACGUUGUACUGUGGCUAAAGAAACGUUACUUUGAAUCAUGACUAGUAAUGUAGAUCGCAGUUGAUAGGAUUGGUGUGUAUUUAAGGGGUUCAAGAGUAGUAUAAAAGGAUAUAAUACUUUGCAUUGGUGUCUCAACAGUACUUCUGUAUAAUGAGGUAAUCAACAUUGUGACUAGUUUGUUAACAACAAUGCUAAACAUGUAUUAUUAUGCAAAUAAUUUUAUGCAAAUCCAGGCUAGAACCACCACUGGCUAA